CCGCCGCGCGGCGGCAGCGGCGCCCCAACAGGCGCAGCGUCCGUCCAGCGCGCAUCGCAGGCGGCUGCCGCACUCCGCCAGCCUUCUCCCCGGGUCCCACGCAUGCACCGGCCGUGAGCCCUCCGCGCCUCUCCGACCCCCCACCCUCGCCAUGUCCUCGGCGGUCACGGAGACGGAGGAGUCGGCGCACGGCUCCCCGCUGACCCCGCUGAAGCUGGUCGGGCUGGUGUGCGUGUUCUUGGCGCUCUGCUUGGACGUGGGAGCCGUGAUGAGUCCGGCGUGGGUCACCGCCGACGACCAGUACUACCUGUCUCUGUGGGAGUCCUGCUGGAAGCCGGGGAGCUUUGAGAAGUGGGAGUGCAGCAGCACGCUGGACAAAGACUGGCAGGUUGCCACACUGGCCUUGUUGCUGGGGGGCGGAGCCCUGGUGCUGAUGUCAUUCCUAGUCGCUUUGGUUGCCGUGUGCAUCGGUACAAGACGGCGGUUCUAUGCUCUCGUGGCCUUCAUGCUCUUCGCUGCAGUUGUCCUCCAGGCCUGCAGCUUGGUCCUCUUCCCCGUCAAGUUCAUCGAGAGUAUCAACCUGAGGAUCUAUCAUGAAUUCAACUGGGGCUACGGGCUGGCUUGGGGAGGGACCAUCUUUUCCUUUGGUGGGGGAGUCCUCUACUGCCUCAACCCAAAGAGCUAUGAGGAUUACUACUAACUCCAAUAACAGCUGGGGACUUCACAGCUAAAUUGUGGCAAAGAAAUAUGUGCUGGAAGUAAUGAGCACCCCAAGCUUUGACCUUUGGAAUUAAAGCAAAUAGUCAAGAUAUUAUUCUUUUUUUCCUCUGUCGACAGAAUUUUUGAUGCGGACUCAUCGUCUUGGCAGCGAUUCCUAAGACUUGUGUCAGAAAACUCAUUGACCGAAGUCUCAACAACCUUCCGUCUGUUCUUGGCUCCACAAACCCAAGCUUUUGACUCUGUUAAUUAGAAAAUUGUUGCAUGUUCUUUGGCUGGAUCCCUUCGAAUUUCUUCACCGCGGUUUCCAGCUUUGCUGUCAAAACCUACGGCUCGGUUAGACGUAGAAGCCGUUUUGUUUUUCAGAGUCGUCUGGAGUCCCUAAGGUUCCGCAAGGGUGUGGAAGCGGAUCGCAUCCUCAUAACUUUUCAACAGCCAGACUCUUCCUGGAGGAAGGUGAGGGCAGGAAUAGAAAGAAAAAAAAAAAAAAAAACGUAAGACACCCACUCAAUAUUCCGUUAUCGACCCACUUGUCUGUUACCACGGCAACCCAGGGGGAGUGCACAUGCAGCUGUCAUGAUUGAUUACCCAUGGUCGGGGAUUGUAAGACAGUAUGGCCCUCCGAGGCCUCAAAGCAUCUUCGAUUGCCAAUUGAACGUAGUUUCUCCAGCCACCUGUCAUUUGGUGUACGGUUUCGCCCUCCGGUAAUCCUCUCUGUGCAAAAGGAGUGUUGUCAGCCCAUCAGUAGUCAGGCUUACAUGCACAAAGGCCAUGAGAUACAGGAGGAUUGUUCUGAGUGGAAUCUUGUAAUUAUGCACUCAUCUGAUUGAGAUUCCUCGGGGCGUUCAUGUCUUGUCUCAUUUCCUGGCUGCGUUUGGUGAAAUUGCUCGGCCCAGUUGGGGGUGAAAAGGACGGUUUGGCUCAGGCCGAUGGAAAAACAACAUCUCACACAAAAAUGACACGCAUACCUUUAAAGGGUGCAGAUAAAGGGUGAGCGUUCAAUCUUUACUCCGUAGAGAGGGCAGUUAAUUGGAGAUCAUUCAAAUUUUCUUGUACUAGGUGAUAGUUUUAUCAUAGUUCCACAUAGUAUUCAAGAAUUUACUCAACAGUACUCCAUUUGUGCCUUUCUCCAAGUCAUCAACACAGUAGGUUGUACUCAGUAUAUGUGAUCAGGAGUGGCAAGUCCUACCCUUAUAGUACAUUUUUGCUAUAAUCCAUUUCAGCUUGUAAGUUGGGUAUUCUGUGUAUAUCCUUAACUCUGAAAUAGCUGCGCUACACAUAGAAGACAUUGGCUUUAAUAGGAAACUUAAUUUUUAUCAGUAUCCUGUGCCUUUUUCAAAUACAUUGGAGCUUGUGGUUGUUAUAAUGCGGAAAUGUUUGGAGCACUUUUGGAAAACAAGUAACGAGUAAUACCUUGUUCACACGACAUGCUGUGUCUUUUACUUGCGACACUAUUUGCAGCAUGCAGUUAAGCAAUUGUUCUAGAUUCACAUUCACUCCGACCAGCCAGCAUCUCGAGAACACAGAGGGAAUUUAGAGUAACCAAAUCCCAGCCUUUCGUUAAAAAUGUACAAAUGAGGGGUAACUUAAGAGAUUUCGAAGUGGAGCUUUGUUUGGAUGUUAAUUCAUGGCCUGUUUGUAGUAGAUCAUUUUCUUAGUCUCAGCCAAAUAACUUUGUUUGCCCAUCUCUCUGAAUAAUCAUUGCACACAUCUCAAACGGUUUCAUUUUAAACUUGAGAUCAAAUGUCGCACUUAAAAAUUCUUUAUCAGUAGCUCAGCAUCAAUAGAAAACCCUGAAGCAAAUGAUAACUUAAUCUCAUUUUGAUGUUAUCUGCAAGCAUUUUGUGGACAUUUGUGGAAAAUGUACAAGAACAUCAUCAAACGUGAAGCGAAUGUUGUUUGUUUAAUUGUGAUCUUAGGAUGAUGAUUUUAUAUUUGUUCUCCCUGCCACACGAUCUUGGACUGACAUUUUUAUCCAGAUUGUGUCAUAUUUUGAUUUAUUUAGUUUUUUAUUCCUCUGCAAUACUGAAAUUUGUUAACUAUAAAAGUGUGACAAAAAGAAAGCAAGCUUUUAAGAGGCCGACUUUUUUUUCUUUUUUUUUUUGCAAGUGUUGCUGUUUAGUUUUUCAAAGAUGCUAAGAGCUUCUUCAAAACAUCAGUUGAUUUAUUUAUUUAUAUUAAUUACGUUAGUGGUUCCACUAUAGUUCCUAAUUUAGUAUUUUUAAAAGAAUUUAUCGUCUGCCAUUUUCAAAGUGUCUUUUUUUUACCCGACAUUCUGUUUCCUAGAUUACUUUCUUCUCCUUGGGAACUCAUUUUUCCGCGCCACACUCCAGGUGUGUAGGGAUUUGAAUGCAAAGCAGUUCUCCUGUGGAUGUUUGGAGAUUCCAGCAGCGUCUUUCAUUCGCUGUCCUUUCAUUGUCACAUAUUUACCGCGGCGCGCUGUCAUCCAACCGUCAUCCCAAAAUAGGAUCCAGGCCGACUCCCCAGCCGCCAGGAACAAAUGAGGGACCUGGACGGCGGCCAGGCGCUCCGGGGAAAUGACAGACGUCCGUUUAUUUCACCUCGACCAGCAGAGCGCGGAAGGUUUGUACAUUGUACAAAAAAAACGUAUGUCGUCUUUUUGACACAUUAAGCUUCUUGUGGUCCUCUUAUUACUGUUCUGUACUUUUCUCCUUUUGUCAUUUUGGCACCACUUAGACCACUGUCGCCACAUUUUCCAAAACUGAAACUCUUUUCUGUUUUGUCUUUGCAAAGCAGCAAGCUGUUUUUUUCUUUUUAUGUCGAAUCAACACCUUUCUGUAUUUAAAUUUUUUUUUUAAAACAGAUUUUUCAUCUGGUUUUGCCCACAGAUCCUAGGCAUGGCUAAAGCCGUUCCUGGCUAAAGGUUCCUAUAUCCAAUCAGAAAAAAACUGUUGACACAGAAAGCCAGAGUGUUCCUCACUUUGCGUAUUUUAAUAAUCUCAGGAUAACCACUCCACACCUACACAUCACAUUUAAAGAAAUGCCGCGUUUCUUUAAUAAAUCAGAUCAAACUGGGUCAGUUUGAGUGCAAUUAGAUUGUCCUUUUUUUUUCUUUUUAAAGAACAGAAACAAUAUUUACAAGAUCCUUCCUGCACCCGUGCGAUGCUUCUUCCGUUUCUCAUCUCUUUGUACGUUUUAGCCGUGACUGUUAGCAUUUGUUUGCUUAAUGAAAAGUAGAGGCUUGUAAGCAGAAACAGAUCCUUUUUUUUAUGCCUCCUCUCCCAGUAGACUAGGAGAGGGAACACUGUCUAACGAUGUGCAUAGUGAUUUAGUGUGGAUGAUUGCAGAAAUGUACAAAUAUGCGUGGCAGGCCGAAGAAGAAGAAGGAAAAACAGAGUCUUAUUUGUGCAUGUGUGUUGGCAUGUUUUAGAUGCCGUCGUAGAGAUGUCACUAAUCAGCAUUUAUCUCUUUGUACACAUUAAAGCACUGAACUGAGA